AGCGUCGAGACCCUUCAGAAGAAACUUCGAUCCAAGAUCCUAAACUUCAAUCCCUCGAAACUUUCAACAUAUAGGCUACAAGUGGGGAAGUUUGGUUGCCCGUACAACACGAUCACAUUUACUAGGUACCUCAAGAAGAAGGAGCUCGGAAAUUUUCUCAGAGAUUGAAGGAUGCCCAAGGCUAUUGAAGUUAAACGAUGGUGGUCAGAACAACCUCCAACAUUUGGGUACUGGGGGCCUUCGAGUUCGUCAAUAGACUGGUGCGAAGAAAAUUACGCCAUCACAUCCUAUGUUGCCGAGUUUGCCAAUACGCUCUCUAAUCUGGUCUUUCUGUUUAUUGCGGCUUACGGAAUACAAAAGUCAAAAGAUGAGAAACUUCCGUUUACAUUCAUCUUGUGUCAUUUAGGCGUACUCUUGAUAGGUUUCGGAAGUUUUGCAUUCCAUGCCACAUUAAGAUACGACAUGCAACUUUUAGAUGAAUUACCAAUGACUUAUUCUACUACACUUUUAGCCUAUUUAGCUUUUAGCCGUAGUUCAAGUCAAACUUCUCCAACAAAUCGGGUUUAUGAUCUUAUUCUAAAUAUGCUCUUAAUCCUUUACGCAGUCCUUGUGACAGUUAUCUAUUUAGUUUGGCCUAAUCCUACCUUUCAUCAUACAUCUUUUGCGGUUUUGAUCUUGUCAACUAAUGCCAAGGUUGCUUACUGGAUUCGAACAUUGCCAACUAAUACUGCGAUUGAAAGGAGACAUAAACAAGAUAUCAAAAGAUGUGAAUUUACAGGUUUCUGGGUUUUCUUAUUUUCAUUUGGGAUUUGGAAUAUAGAUAAUCUAUUCUGUGAUCAAUUAACAAGAUGGAAAAAAGGUUUAGGGUUUCCCAAUUCUAUCAUUCUUGAAUUGCAUGCUUGGUGGCAUUUAGGUACAGGUAUUGGAACUUAUCUUAUGAUUCUGGGAGUUCAAUUGUUAUCACUAAAUGAUCAAUUUGGUUUGGACACUUAUCACAUGAAAUGGGUUUACAAUGGUUAUUGGCCUUAUAUUGCAAGAAAAGAAAAUCACAUCUCCAAAGGAAAGAAAUCCUAGACAUUUUUCUACAGAGGGAGUUGUUAUUGCAGUUGCUUACAUAGCUUGGUAUCGUCAUAUAUAAUCUGAACUGUAUUUUAAUGUUUUUGUUAUCUUACAUCCAUUCUUGCAAACCUUCUUUGCCUAGCACAAAGUUGAGCGUUCAUAACCUCAUGUUUCACAUGACAAUACUUC